GCGUCAGGCUCGACUGGGCCGGACCCCUUCCCCUCCUCCCUCCCGGCACCACCGGCCACCCUCCUUGCCGCCUCCCGCCCUGGCGACACCGCCGUCUGUCGCGACAUGGUCUCUCCUCGCCCGCCCCCUGCCGCCGCCUCUGCAGCGCGGGGUUCCCCGCGGGGGGCGGCUCCCUCCCUCUCGCCCUCCCGCUCUUCCGCCUCCUUCAAGCCCUUCACCGCCGCCCGGGGGUCUUUCCGCGACCCGGACCCCGGGCCCCGCCCGCCGCCGCCUCCCCGCGUGGCAUCGCGUCGGGCCCCCCGGUGGGGGUGUGAGGGUGCGAAGCCUCCCGGGCGCGAGGUGCCCGCCCCUCUCCGCGUCGGUAUUGGCUCCUGGCUGGAAGGAUGGAGGCGCCCCUGGUCCCAGGUGCCCGCCCUCUCGGGCUCAGGUGCCUGCCCCCCUCGGCCUCGGUCCUUCGCGUUGGGGCAGUCUCCGCGCCGGGGCUUCUCUUCUCCCUCGACGGUAGCGUGGGGGGUGCUAGCCCCCCGGGACGAGGACCCCCCUGGGUGGCGGGGGGGUCCCCCUUCCCGGGGCCGAGGCGGCCCUCUGCACCCCUCUUCACUGCUCCCCGGAGCGCAGCUUCCCCUGGGUCUCAGGUUCCAGCCGCCCCUCCGUAUCGGAUGGGGGCGUCUUCCUAGAGGAGUGGAGGAGAAACUCCUCGAUAGUUGGAGCCUCAGCCGAAGUUUCCACCUGUGUAGUCUCAGCAGUUCCCUCCCUCAGCGAGAAGUGCCCUGGGUGGCUCAAGCCUCCCCGUCCCGCAGCACCGGGCGCUUGCCUUUCUGGGGAGUCUGGCUCUCCUCGCACUGGGUUCCAGGACCGUCCUCAGCGUGGCCCACGGCUGGCCUCAGCUCUCACACUGGACUGUGGUGUCUGCCUCAGGCUUUGCAUCCUGACUCUCUGGCUUUCUGGGUGUGGGCCUCUCCCCGUGAGGUCAGGGCCACUGUGGUCCUGGUGCUGGGGGCUGCUGGGCUCCCCCAGCGCUCGGGCGCCUGGUGAAGGACACGAAGCCCCCACACUUUCCACGUUAAGUGGGCUCCCACUGCGGGCAGCGCUAGCGCUUCUUUCGAGGCAGCCCCUGCUUCUCAGUGUAGCGUGGUCACCCUCUCACCCCGGGGUGAGCUCUCUUGGACUUUUGCUGAGGGCUUUUGGUGUCUUCCCUCACUCCCUUUGCCCCUGCCUGGGUACGAGGCUUUUUCCCCCUUCACGCUAGUCUCCUCCUUUGGCGUGUCAUCACUCCAGGGGCCAGGAGGCCCACUGCCCUUGCUGUUGGCAUCAGCUUCCCCACUGGGGGUUUGCUGUCUUCCCGUCCACCCUCACACUGGAUGUCAGCAGUUGGAGAACAAGGGUUGCGCCUCCCCACCCCCAUGCUGGUACCCCAUGGGAGUAAGAAGCUUCCUAGACCCGGGUUCUGGUUCUUGUACUGGGAGGUGGGGGGUGCUUCCCUCUGGGGCUGUGCCUUCUCUUCAGGGUAAGAACCCUUUCUUGGUGUUGCCUGCCCCAGGGAGAAGGUUCUUGCUAUCCUUGGUAUUGGUACAGCUGCUCUCUUGGAUUUGAGAUGCCCACGCCUCUGUGUGUGUCCCCACCAUAAGGCUGAGGACUCCUCUUGGAUGCAGGUGCCCCUGGCUAAUGCUUCUAACCCCUCCUCUUGAUUUCUUACUGUGUGGCGUAAGGAAGAAGUUCCUGGCCGUGUGAUGUCAGAUGCCUGAGCCUCAAGUUGGAGACUCCACUGUAGUCCCCGUCCCUGGGAACAGAGACUCCUCUGGUGUGGCCUUUCAAGCGUCCGUCUCCAAGAGAGUAUGAAGACAGUGCGUCUGUAGGACAGGGAAGAUGGCGGACAAGCGCAAACUCCAAGGUGAGAUUGAUCGCUGCCUCAAGAAGGUGUCCGAGGGCGUGGAGCAGUUUGAAGAUAUUUGGCAGAAGCUCCAUAAUGCAGCCAACGCGAACCAGAAAGAAAAGUAUGAGGCUGACCUAAAGAAGGAGAUUAAGAAGCUACAACGGCUGAGGGACCAGAUCAAGACAUGGGUAGCAUCCAACGAGAUCAAGGACAAGAGGCAGCUUAUAGACAACCGCAAGCUCAUUGAGACGCAAAUGGAACGGUUCAAAGUUGUGGAACGAGAGACCAAAACCAAAGCUUACAGCAAGGAGGGCCUGGGCCUGGCCCAGAAGGUAGACCCUGCCCAGAAGGAGAAGGAAGAGGUUGGCCAGUGGCUCACGAAUACCAUUGACACGCUCAACAUGCAGGUGGACCAGUUUGAGAGUGAAGUGGAGUCACUGUCAGUACAGACACGCAAGAAGAAGGGCGACAAGGAUCAGAAGCAGGACCGGAUCGAGGGCUUGAAGCGGCACAUCGAGAAGCACCGCUACCACGUGCGCAUGCUGGAGACCAUCCUGCGCAUGCUGGACAACGAUUCCAUCCUCGUCGACGCCAUCCGCAAGAUCAAGGACGACGUUGAGUACUACGUCGACUCAUCCCAGGACCCCGACUUCGAGGAGAACGAGUUUCUCUACGAUGACCUGGACCUCGAGGACAUUCCACAGGCGCUGGUCGCCACCUCCCCCCCUAGCCACAGCCACAUGGAGGAUGAGAUCUUCAACCAGUCCAGCAGCACACCCACCUCGACCACCUCCAGCUCUCCCAUCCCGCCCAGCCCAGCCAACUGUACCACGGAAAACUCUGAAGAUGACAAGAAGAGGGGACGUUCCACAGAUAGUGAAGUCAGCCAGUCUCCAGCCAAAAACGGCUCCAAGCCUGUCCACAGCAACCAGCACCCUCAGUCCCCAGCUGUGCCACCCACCUACUCCUCUGGCCCCCCGCCCACUGCCUCUGCCUUGAGCGCCACCCCUGGCAACAAUGGGGCCCCUGCCCCAGCAGCACCCCCAAGUGCCCUGGGCCCCAAGGCCAGUCCAGCUCCCAGCCACAACUCGGGCACCCCUGCCCCUUAUGCCCAGGCUGUGGCCCCACCAGCUCCCAGUGGGCCCAGCACCACCCAGCCCCGGCCCCCCAGCGUCCAGCCCAGUGGAGGCGGUGGAGGUGGCGGCGGAGGCGGAGGGAGCAGCAGCAAUAGUAACAGCAGUGCCGGUGGAGGGGCUGGCAAGCAGAAUGGCGCCACCAGUUACAGCUCAGUUGUAGCAGACAGCCCAGCAGAGGUGGCUUUGAGCAGCAGUGGGGGCAACAAUGCCAACAGCCAGGCCCUGGGCCCCGCUUCCGGCCCUCACAACCCACCUCCCAGCACCUCGAAGGAACCCAGUGCGGCAGCCCCGACAGGGGCUGGGGGCGUGGCCCCAGGCUCAGGGAACAACUCGGGGGGACCCAGCCUCCUGGUGCCACUGCCUGUGAAUCCUCCCAGCUCCCCAACGCCUAGCUUCAGUGAUGCCAAGGCAGCUGGUGCCCUACUCAAUGGGCCUCCGCAGUUCAGCACCACCCCGGAAAUCAAGGCCCCAGAGCAAACUUUGAGCUCCUUGAAGUCCAUGGCGGAACGGGCAGCCAUCAGCUCUGGCAUUGAGGAUCCUGUGCCAACGCUGCACCUGACCGAGCGAGACAUCAUCCUCAGUAGCACAUCAGCACCUCCGGCCUCAGCCCAGCCACCCUUGCAGCUGUCAGAGGUCAACAUACCGCUGUCACUGGGUGUCUGUCCACUGGGCCCUGUGCCCCUCACCAAGGAGCAGCUCUACCAGCAGGCCAUGGAAGAGGCCGCCUGGCACCACAUGCCUCAUCCCUCUGAUUCUGAGCGUAUCCGGCAGUACCUCCCCCGGAACCCCUGUCCGACGCCCCCCUACCACCACCAGAUGCCACCCCCACACUCGGACACUGUGGAGUUCUACCAGCGCCUGUCAACCGAGACACUCUUCUUCAUCUUCUACUAUCUGGAGGGCACUAAGGCACAGUACCUGGCAGCCAAGGCCCUCAAGAAGCAGUCGUGGCGAUUCCACACCAAGUACAUGAUGUGGUUCCAGAGACACGAGGAGCCCAAGACCAUCACUGAUGAGUUUGAGCAGUUGGUGUGUUCUACAGCGAUUUUUUUCCCCACCAAGGACUUCCCUGAUGCCAAGCCCCUUCACGGGGAUGAAUAUUGCAAGGUCCUUGUCCUCAGAGAACUCAGUCCCCUCUCCUAGUUCUCCCAGGCUGCUGUUCUUGAAAGCAUUUCAGACGUACAUUCAUUCAGAAGCUAGCUCCUCUCCCAUCGUGCCCUCAGACAUCAUUAACUACCGACCUUCCACCCUCUCCUGGUUUGGCCCAGAACCAUCCUCCAAGUUAGUACAUUUCAGGGCAUCCAGUCAUUCAGAAAUUCCCACACCUCUGCCACUGCCAAUAAAAUAUCCCUGCAGAGUGCUUAGACUCUGAGCCUGUUCCAUUCUUUAGAACAAGGGUGACAGUACCCGCUGCCUCGAGGUCUUUGUGAAGAUUAAAUGCUAGGCCGUGCAUCCUGUACUUGCACGAGAGAGGUGCUCAAAAGCCACAGCCCUCGAGAAUACAAAGGCCUUGUACUCACGCCUGGAGCUGGGACCCCACUCUGGCCUCGGUGGAACCUCUCUGCCGUUUCCUCCUUGACGAAGUAGGCAUGAUGUUUAGAACCCAAGAAGAACCUUGUGAGGGUGGAAUGAGGGCACGUGUGUGCAGGGCAGCUGGCCCAGUGCCUGGCACAUCCACAGGCCUAAGAACUGUCCCCUUUGUCUGUUGGUCCGGCCCAGAUCCCAGACCACCUCUUCGUCCACUCACUGACCGCCUUCUCCCCCGGCCAGGGCACCUACAUCUACUUUGACUACGAGAAGUGGGGCCAGCGGAAGAAGGAAGGCUUCACCUUUGAGUACCGCUACCUGGAGGACCGGGACCUCCAGUGACACCGGCCCCUCCCUCUACCUACCCCCUCCCCCGCAUGCUGAUCCCCCUGCCCAGGUGAGGGCCCUGCCCUGGAAGACUGGAGGGAGGCCCCAGGCCACGGGGCAUCCCCCUCUCCCAGGAGGCAGGGAGGGGGCCGGGAGGUUUCUUCUCAGCCCCACCCUGGGGGCCCGGGGGCGAGGGCUGCCCCCUCCUCCCCUCCCCAGUGAGGGACAUUUUUUGGUAAACCUAUUUUCAUUUUGGAAAAUAUUUAUGAAUAAAUAGUUUUAUAUGACGGCUGGCAGCAGCGGUCUCUCCUGUA